GCAGCUCACCAUCAUCAGUUCGAUUUCAGUGACGUUCAGUUUCGGUUCGUCGUCGAGCGGUCGAGAGCGGUCGUGAAAAAGGACGAGAUAAAAAAAUAUCUACACACCAAAGAAGAAGAAAAACAAUACACGCACACCUAAACACUCACACUACUGCAUGCGUGUUGUGUACCGUUUCACACACGUUUGUGAGAUGCGAUAGUGACAUUUUAGCAACUAAUUUCAUCGUCACUGAACAAAUUUAAAGUUAUCAACAAAAAAAAUAAAAUAAAAGAAAUUGUGUAGAAAAUUCCUGACGCUGUGUAUGAGUGUAUGUGAAGUGAAGUGUUUUCCACCAGCUGAUUAAAAUUACGCAAAUAUACAUACACACGCAUACUAAACGUGUAUAAAAACGGUACCGACAUUGCCGUAUACUGCAAGUGCAACCUUUCUUCAUCCUUUAAUUAUGAAAACAAAAUUAAGCACAUGGGAAAGCCGGAAAAAUGGCGAAGAUGUUCAUGCUCACGUGUGUGUGUGUGUGUUGGUGUAAGUGAUGAGAGAGCAGGUUGAGGUAGGCGGGUGAAAGAAAACUUGCAGCACCGAGAUCAACUGAUGCGCGCAAAACGAUAACGCGUGAAAAGAGGACGCAAAAUGCCUGCACGGUGUCGAUAGAUCUCUAGUGAAAAUUACUCAAUUCUCGUCAGUGCGAGUGUUGUCAGCUGAGUGAUGAAGAAAUUAGUGAUUGUGAUGUUCACGGGAGUGUGUAAUUAGUGUAACGAUCGGAUGCAAAAAAGGCACGCAGGAGAGUGUGUAAACGCCCUGCCACACCCUGUAAAGUGGUAAAGUAUCGUGCGAAAAGGAUCGGUGGUGGUGAAGGUGAAUAAAAUAAUCUAAUCAAAUAUUCAACAAUUAUCGACCAAAAAACCCCAACUCGAAGUUGGCACCAUACAGGCCCAGCUCCGCCCAUCUCACCCCCGAAUCAAGACCCGCAUCGUUCGGCUGUAUGGUGGGUUUUGUGCGUGCGUGUCAGAUGAAUGGCUAUUAUGGUUCAGUGUAAGAACACACCGUGAAACAGUAAACGCCGUUAACUUCAACGACACCGUUAAGAAAGGAUUCCUCAACACAAGAAAAGGUGCAGAGUACUGGAUUUAAGCAUCGAUUCGGUUUUCAUUAGAUUUGUCGUCAACACACUCUCGACACCUAUUGAAAUACCCCGAAUGGCGCACGAUACGGACCGCCAAGAAGGACGGAACGUUUACAUGAAAUGACGUUCGUCCUCAAAAUGCCCCCAAGUCCUGGCCGAAGGACCAGUUCAUGGUUCAGAAGUGAAUACCCAACGUAUCAGAGCGGAAAGGGGCCAAGCCGAGGGACAUUCGAGUGGACGGAGGUUAGAUCUUCCAGUCGGACCCAACACAAUUCAGCCCUUUUCGUAAUUGACAAAGGAAUACGAGAUUACGGUACGGUGCACUGAGCGCGGCAAGGAAAUUCAGCCAACAAACAGACAACGGCUUGCAGGAAGGAAGACAGACCCACUCAACCGGUGCGAACGCUUUCAAAACGACAACUUCUCUUCGGUUAUUCACGAAAGCUUUUAAGCAACCCUUAACCUGCAGAACAGCAUGUGACGAAAGGGAUCGGACUCAUCUUUAAAAAAAAAACAAAGUGACACCAUCUUAAAUAUCCGCUGGAACGCAACACAACGGCACAACACCGUACACUGUUUGAAGGUGAAAAUAAUUAAAUACCAAAGCCGUGCGACUGUCAUUAGAUUGGGCGCAGCGAAAGCAACUGUUGACAACCGGGCCUGGCGGGCGAACCAAUGAUAAAAAUCUUCACACACGGUUUCACCAGCGGCAGAUGUUUCCGUACUAGUUGCGAACAGGAAAAACUCCCGUCGGCAACAGCGUUGACGUGGAAAAGUGAACCGUGUUGGCUUUGCUCGUUAACCCAUCGAGAACAGUAACCGCACAGACAGACACACACACAGAUACCCACACUUAUACAGCCACAUACGAUCAAAGUUAGCUAAAUAGAAUUCCAGCAACAUCAUUCGGUGGCACCAACCGGUGAAGCGUAUGAAAGGAAUAGAUCUACACGGCGGAUUGUGAUCCCUUCCCGAGUUUGGUUUUUCUACCUCCUAUCUCUGUCUCUCGAGCUGUCGCUCACGCGCUCUAUCGUCAAUUUCUCACGUUUCUGCGUUUUUGCUGGCUUACCGAUCCCGAGUUGAGUUUGAAGCUUGCUGGAACAGAGACGUGUAGAUUUUAUGGUCAAAGGGUUUUUUUUUUCUCAUCGCGAAACACACCUUACUACCCUGGUACUGUCGCAUUCAUAUUGGCGAAUUCACAGCGGAGUGUUUCUGAAGUGCAGGAAGGAAACCAAACGAGCAUUAACAUCUUCCACACAAACACACACACACCGGUCAACAGGCUAAAGGUGUCCAGACAAAGGUGUAACCAGUUCGGGAGAAAGCUAGUCUGCGCAAACUAUACACAGUCUUCGGAUAGCUCAGGUCUCCGCUACU